CUCUCGGCUGCAAGGUCCAGUCUUUGACACGGGCUGGCGGAUCCGCUCCCGCGAGUUGGGGGCCGGGCCCAGGACCCCGCCCAGGCGGCGGCCGGGUCCCCUGGGCCGGGCGCUGCUGGCGGAGCAGACGGGGCGGAGAGGAACGCGGCAGGAGGAGGAGUAGGAGGAGGGGGCCGGUCAAGGGAAGUGCGACGUGUCUGUGGAGCCUUUUUAUACCUCCUUCCCGGGAGUCCGGCAGCAGCUGCUGCCUACACCGCUGCCGCCGCCACCGAGCGUCCUAGCGUCUACGCUCCCAGGAGCUGGGCUCCGAGUUCCAGCGCGCCGGGCACCGCCGCAGCCAGCCAGCAUGUCCGGGGUCAAGAAACAGAAGACGGAGAACCAGCAGAAAUCCACCAAUGUUGUCUAUCAGGCACAUCAUGUGAGCAGGAAUAAGAGAGGGCAGGUGGUUGGAACAAGGGGCGGAUUCCGAGGCUGUACUGUGUGGCUGACAGGUCUCUCUGGGGCUGGAAAAACAACAAUUAGUUUUGCUCUGGAAGAGUAUCUCGUCUCCCAUGCCAUCCCUUGCUACUCCCUCGAUGGAGACAAUGUCCGUCACGGCCUCAACAAAAACCUCGGAUUCUCUCCUUGGGACAGAGAAGAGAACAUCCGCCGGAUUGCCGAGGUGGCCAAGCUGUUUGCCGAUGCUGGUCUGGUCUGCAUUACCAGCUUCAUUUCUCCUUUUGCAAAGGAUCGUGAGAACGCCCGCAAAAUCCAUGAGUCAGCAGGACUGCCAUUCUUUGAGAUAUUUGUAGAUGCGCCUUUAAACAUUUGUGAAAGCAGAGAUGUAAAAGGCCUCUACAAACGGGCCCGGGCUGGGGAGAUCAAAGGGUUUACAGGUAUUGAUUCUGAUUAUGAGAAACCUGAAACUCCCGAGCUUGUGCUUAAAACCAAUUUGUCGUCCGUGAGCGACUGCGUGCAGCAGGUGGUGGAACUCCUCCAGGAGCAGAACAUUGUACCCCACACUAUAGUCAAAGGCAUCCAUGAACUCUUUGUGCCAGAGAAUAAACUGGACCAAGUCCGAGCUGAGGCUGAAACACUCCCUUCGUUAUCUAUUACCAAGCUGGAUCUUCAGUGGGUCCAAGUUUUGAGUGAAGGCUGGGCCACUCCUCUUAAAGGUUUUAUGCGAGAGAAGGAAUACUUGCAGGUUAUACACUUCGGCACCCUGCUUGAUGGCAUGUUCCUUCCUGAUGGAGUGAUCAACAUGAGCAUCCCCAUCGUAUUGCCUGUCUCCACGGACGAUAAGACGCGGCUGGAAGGGUACAGUGAGUUUGUCCUGACACACGAAGGACAGAGGGUGGCGAUCUUACGAGACCCUGAAUUCUACGAACAUAGAAAAGAGGAGCGUUGUUCUCACGUGUGGGGCACGACGUGUGCAAAACACCCCUAUAUCAAAAUGGUGAUGGAAAGUGGGGACUGGCUGGUUGGUGGUGACCUUCAGGUGCUGGAGAGAAUAAGGUGGAAUGAUGGGUUGGACCAAUACCGCCUGACACCACUAGAGAUCAAACGGAAAUGUAAAGAAAUGAAUGCUGAUGCAGUGUUUGCAUUCCAGUUGCGCAAUCCUGUCCACAAUGGCCAUGCUCUGUUGAUGCAGGAUACUCGCCGCCGGCUCCUGGAGAGGGGCUAUAAGCAUCCAGUUCUCCUGCUCCACCCUCUAGGUGGCUGGACCAAGGAUGAUGAUGUGCCCCUGGACUGGAGAAUGAAGCAGCACUCAGCUGUGCUGGAAGAAGAGGUUCUAGAUCCCAAGUCAACCAUUGUUGCCAUCUUCCCAUCUCCCAUGUUAUAUGCUGGCCCUACAGAGGUCCAGUGGCACUGCAGGUCCCGGAUGAUUGCAGGGGCCAAUUUCUACAUUGUAGGCCGGGACCCUGCAGGAAUGCCCCACCCUGAGACCAAGAAAGACCUGUAUGAACCCACUCAUGGGGGAAAGGUCUUGAUUAUGGCUCCUGGCCUCACCUCUGUGGAAAUCAUUCCAUUCCGAGUGGCUGCCUACAACAAAGCCAAAAAAGCCAUGGACUUCUAUGAUCCAGCAAGGCACAAUGAGUUCGACUUCAUCUCAGGAACUCGAAUGAGGAAGCUGGCCCGGGAAGGAGAAAAUCCCCCAGAUGGCUUCAUGGCCCCCAAAGCAUGGAAAGUCCUGACAGAUUAUUACAGGUCCCUGGAGAAGAACAACUAAAAGUCUUUCAGCACCAGUUUCUUUCUGAAGUGCUCUUUGAUUUCCUUUUCUAUUUUUGUGAUUAGAUGCUUUGUAUCCAACUGCUUCUCAAUGACUGAUUUUAAAGUUAGUGUUUUAUAAUAAGGUAAAAAUGUCUAUAAUUUAAAGUCAACACACACACAUAUAUAUACACAUACACACCUAUACCCACACAUGUAUAUCUGUAUGUAUGUGUAUAUAUAGGUAAAGCAAAACUUUAUAUAUAUAUGUAUAUAUAUAUAAAGCAAAACUGAAGACCUAAUCUUAACAGGUAAAAGCUACAUUGUUAUCAUUUCAGAAAAAAAUAAGAUAUAUUCUCUACUGCAUCUGAGCAGGAGGUCCUAGAUUUCUUAAAGCUUUGACCAUGUGUCCAGUUUACCUGCCAAAAAGUAAAGCGCAUUUUCCAGCUUAAGUCUUGCCAGCUUGCACUCUCCCAAUGUCAUACACCAGUAGUAAAAGAAAUCAGAUGGACAGUUCCUUCUAUAAAGCUGAAAAAAAUAAAACAAAAAAACAACCCUCACAUCAAGAUUCUUGCUAAUAUUUCGUCUCGGGCCUAUCCAGCCUUACUGCCCAGUCUCUUAUGUGCCGAAGAAUGACCUGACUGGAGAAACCAAAUGUGUGAAAAUGUGCAGUUAUCUCAGAGAUCUAUGCAAUCAAGUUCUGCCACAGAAGUUACACUGCCUAAUAGGAAGAGAAGUCUUAAUACUUUGCUGUGAAUAAUAUAACUGUAGUUAAACAGAGAUUUUAAAUAGUAUAGAGGGCUUAGUUGAAAAGAUUUGUACCCAGGGCUCAAACAACCUGGCAAUGUUGUGGAAAGUUAAUGUUUCUCCUCUUUGCUGUGGACAUUGUGUCCUAGGGAGAGGCUGCACCUAUUAACUGCAGUGGCAUCAGCUGUGACCCAGAACAAUUCACACUAUCAGACUAGCAAGCUGCUGGAACUGGACAAAAAUGCAGAGAACUCCAACCCUUUCAUCCUACAGAUGACCAAACUAGGACGAUGCACAGGCGCAGUCUUCACGAGCUAAUGAGCACUGUAAUGACAGUGCCAAAAUGGCAUCCUUAGGAAGUACUGGUGGCACUGAGCCAGGACCCAGGCCACAUGACUUCCAGGCCAGUGCUCUGUCUACACUGUACAGCACAGGAGCUAGACCUGGUUCCUCCCAACUGCUUAACAAAACUCCUUGAAUGGAAGGCACUUACAAAGCAGCUUUCUUGGAUGCUAAAAGGUCCAGGGUUUUCCAAACUUAGCUAAUUUUAUUACAGUUGGAAAAAAUACUUUUCCCAAAGACUCAUGCUGUUCUGAGAUAUCCAACUGCUGAUGGCUUUACUUUCUGGGAGGCCAUCUUUUGCACCUUAUGCAUAAUUCCUUGUUACUAAGGAAUAUAUGAAGAAAUAGUACUUUUUGUACCUAGGUCUCUCUGGAAGAGACUUAGACUGGAAAGAGAAAACUGAUUUUUUUUUUCAUAUUCAGUUUUUAAAAAUGCUAAUCCUAGCUAAUGAAAGUUCUUUUGAGAAUAAAUUACAUACAAUGGCCACAGCAAAGUAUGUCUUUAAUAGUAUAGUGCCUAUAUCCACGUAAUCAGAGGUCCUCACUACUGCCUUUUUAAAAAUGGCAUAUUUACUGAAAACUGGAGACAAGUUAUAGUGCCUUAACCAAUAUAUUUUGUGAUUUUUAAAAAUAUAUUUAAAACUGCUCUUCUGCUCUAGUACUAUACUUAGUGCAAAUGAUUAUUUCUAUGUACAAUUGAUGUUUGUUCUUAUUUUAAUAAAUUUCUCAAAACGAAGGCUGAGUUGUUUCUGCUUAUCACAUCAAGUACGGGUUGAUCAUCACUCGGCUGAGGCCCUUGUGACUUUGGAGAGAAACAGCAGCUUUCAGACCAUAAUUAAGAGGCUGUUUGUCUUUGUUCAUGUCAUUUUUUUAAAGCUGUGAUGUGAAUGACAUAUGAUCUCAGCCAAGCACUGCAGUGAUAUUUUCAGAGAUGACUGUGUUUCUCAGGGAACUCACCCCAGGAUUUCAACGCAUGGGGGAUCCGAUGACCUCUCAAAUUUUUUUCUAACUUGUUCCCUUUUCUUCAAAGUGCUUCCAAAGAGUUUCACCAGCAGGGUUGGGAGCAUUUGCAUUUUUUCCCACAACUUCCACAUCUCUACUUACCUUAGCAGCUGCUACUGGUAUACCCAGAAAGGAUACCUUUUUCUACCCACACCUUCAGUGGCCUUCUGACAGGCCUGGAGAUUUGGGUUUUUUUCCCUUCUUGAGUCCCUGCUUCCCUUCUCUCCUGAAGGUUUCAUGCAUAUCUUUGCUGCUGGUCCUCACUCUGAAAAAAAACUGGUGUUAAUAGCCAGCUCAAAGCUGCCACUUACUACCAUUUCCUCUCUCUCCCUAGAUCCUUACUUUGCUGGCUCCUAGUGACAAUUAGUGGAACUUUAAAGUAGUGCAGGAAAUGUGUAAGUACAUAAGAUUUAAGGUCCUGAGGGAGUAUGCCAAACUGUACAGGGCAGUGUGAAAAAAUCCUGGAAGGACAUAUGUAAGUCAUUCAGUCAGAUAAUGGUGUACUUACAAAUCUACCAAAAUUCAUAUCAGGCCACAAGAUUUCCUUUCCAACCCAUCUUCCCUGAAAGAAGAAACAAGUCUUAGUGACUUAAACAGCAAGUUCAUUUUUUUUUUUUCCUCAUCCUCCUUUUAUUACCUGACUUUUAGGUCUAGUACAGAUUGUCAAUAUAUUUUCCUGAUAGGUAAGUAAUCAGGAAAUUAGAUGAGCACCAGAACAAUCAACUGUACUUAUGUAUAAAGGUUUGACGGAACAUAGUGCAGCUUUUGUCUUUGAGAUUUUUUUUUUUUAGGGCCGCACCUGCAGCAUAUGGACAUUCCCAGGCUAGGGACUGAAUUGGAGCUAGAGCUGCUGGCCUACACCACAGCCACAGCAAUGCUGAAUCCUUAACCCACUGAGUAAGGCCAGGGAUGGAACCUGCAUCCUCAUGAAUACUAGUCGGGUUUGUUUCUGCUGAGUCACAACGGCAACUCCCGCUUUUGAAUGAUACAGGUUUCUAUUAGUUAUGCUUAUCCCACUACCAAUAAUGCAUAUAUUAUCAAGAAUUAACAAGAUACAGGAAUUGAAAGAGUAAUCACUUUUUUUUUUUUUUACUUUCCUCUAGCAUGCAUUUAAUUCUUGGUCAAUAUUAACUAUUAUUGGGCCACUCAUCAUAUACCUUCACCAAAUGAUGAAAGUGAUGUAUAAGCAAUUCACUAGUAUACAUUCCAAAGGUGCCUUUUUUUUUUUUUUUGCUUAUAUUGUAAUUUUGUUGGAAUUACCAUUAAAAGUAAAAGGUCACUGGCUAGAGUUUGGACAUUUUAGUUUGAUAGAGAAAAACCUAGACAAAAUAAAAAUACUACUUUUCUACAAGGCUAGGAAAAAGCGGUAAUGCAAGGAAGUCUUGAUGAAUAGAGACAAGCCUUUUGUAGGUAAGCCUUACAGUUUUUCAAUAGCUUAUGUUUUGAAACUGUGGUACCCUUCCUAACCCCUCAAGCCACUACUCUUUCCACAGACUUCCUCAUUUGGAUUAACUGCAGGGAAGACCAGUCUCAAUUAGUAAGAAAUCUAAACUAUAGAGUUUUAAAAAGUAACACAAUUUUAUUACCUUCAAAUACAUAGGCAACAAACUGAUGGGCACAGCUUUUUAACAUGUAUUUGUACUUGCUGGAAUCAGUAAUACACCUUCUAUGAUAAAGUUCUUAAAUAUGGUUGAUUUGUUUUAGAAACUCAAACCUGUUCUGCACCUAUUUUACUUAAAAUAACAUUUGUGAAAGUUCUUAUGUAUUAUACAGACUUGUGGGUAAAGAAAAAUUUUGAUUUAUAUUUACUGCAUAAGCCUGCUUUCCAUUAAUAGUUCAAAGAUAAAUUUCAGCUUGGCACAGGUUGAAAUAAUAAUGACCUACUUUCACAUAAACAACUCCAAUAAUGAUCUGGUCUUUUAAACUAGUUAAAAGAUUGGCCUCUAUAAACGUACUAACCAUGUUAUACCUCAGUCUUCACUGUUCUUUUUUAUACCUACUAUCUGGAACAAAAUAAAUUACAAGUUAAAAAGUGAUCAUCUAGCUAAAGAAUUGGACAGACCAAGUAGCACUCCAUCAUCAAGUGGUUAAGCUUAUGGGAUUAGAUCUAGCAGUCCUUGAAGGCCUGGCCACACAAACUAUAUAUCCAGCAUGCCUACCUGAAUCAUAAUACUGACUGCCCUUCACUAAGCAUGCAUUUAUGACCUCGUGUGACCAAUGUGUCAUGUGCCAUUUUUUUGUCCAGCCAUAUUCUCCACAAUUUUUAAUUUCUUUUGGAUGAAAUACCACCCUCUUUUGCAGUUGACCAGUAAAUCUAGAUACAGUUGGUCCUUGAACAAUGCAGAGGUUAGGGAUGCUAACCCUCCUUGCAAUAAAAAUCCCUGAAUAAUUUAUAGUGGGCCCUCUGUAUCCAUGGUUCCCCUGCAUCCACAGUUUGAAAUCAAUCUGAAGAUUCAAACAACCGCAGGUUGUGUAGUACUAGUAUUUACUAUUGGAAAAAAUGUGAGGGUAAGUUGACCAAUGCAGUUCAAACCCGUGCCAUUCAAAGGUCAACUGCAUUUGCUCUCAAAUCAUUUAAGUCAAAGGAGUUCCUACAGGGCCAUUCUCUAUAAGCUCCAGGGCUGCCAGGUGACUUUUUACCUGGGUUUGCACACUCCCAGGAUUGUGAAUACUGAAUGGGGCAAUUUAAAGAUAAACACUUAGACUUUAUUUAAUCCAGGGAGAGGAAUAAAAACGAGAUUCUUCAGCAAUUCCUGAUAAAACACCUGGAGCUUUCAGAGAUUUUAACUUAAGUCCAAUUCUUCAGCUUCCCUUUGAUUUUAAGAGCUACUCAUAUCCUUCAAAUAAAUUCUUUAUUGCUUAGGUCAGCUUGAGUUGACUGCUUGUAAUAGAACCCUAAAUGGUACUCUUUACAAGACUAUGACUAUGGCCCGGUAGAUGAUACUCAUCUCCUUCAGACAUGUCUGCAAAGGACUUUUUCACUGGAUGAUAUAUUUCCAUCCUCCGUUUGAGAAUCCUGGUCAACCUUAGAAUUUCUGGAAGCUAAGUAUGUUCAAAACAGUGGGCAUACUCCACUGUGUUCUAGUUUUAGUUCCAAAUUUUGCAUGUCAGUAACGAUUUCAAUGUUUUGCUCUAGUUUUAAAACUGAGCUGUCAUGAUUCACAAACCUCUGUCCUUCAUACAUUCCACAGCAGCAUUAAGAUUCAAUGAAACUGUAUUUCAAAGCACAAAUGCUUCUAUCUAAAAGUGUUCUCAAGCAUAUUUAUAACAGUAAAUAUUAGAAAUCACAAAAUAUACCCCCAGUCCAGUGUUUUAAUGAGACCCUUAUGUGGUUAUUAGUAAUAGUAGUGAAAAAUUUACAUUGUGUUACUGAAGAUGUUUUGUUUGUACUCACAUGCUAAAUUUCUUUUGGGUUUGAUUUCAUUUGCAUUUGGCAUCUGUGCUAUAUACAGGCAUACCCUGGAGAUACUGUAAGUUUCCAGACCACUGCAAUAAAGCAAAUAUCUUAUAAUAAAAAGAGUCAGACAAAUUUUUUGGUUUCCCAGUGCAUGUAAAUGUUUACACUACACCAUAGUCUAUUAGGUAUGCAACAGCAUUGUCUAAAAAAAGUGUACAUACCAUAAACAAUACUUUGUUGCUAAAAAUGCUAACCAUUACCUGAAAAUGCAGGGUUGUCACAAACCUGCAGUUUGUUAAAAAAACAAAAACAAAAGAACCCCCCACUAUGUGUGAACCAUAAUAAAGAGAAGCACAGUUAAACAAGGUAUGCCCUUAUAUCUUCUCAAUACAAUUUCAUGAAUAUGAUGACUUGGACAGAAUUUUCAAUUAUACAUGUACAGAGUGCAGAGGGCUAUUUAUAACUUUUGACAAAAUGGAUGGACACAGAGAUAAUCUUACUAAGUGAAGUAAGUUAGACAGAGAAAGACAAAUAUAUCAUGUAUAUGUGGAAUCUAAAAAAAAAAAAAUAUUAAUGAACUUAUUUACCAAACGGAAACAGACUUACAGAAAGGGAAAACAAGCUUAUAAUGACUAAAGGGUAAAGGUUAUGGGAGGAAUAAAUUAGGUGUUUGGGAUUAACACAUACAUACAGACAUAUAUAAAAAAAGACAAACAAGGGCCUAUUCUAUAGCACAGGGAACGAAAUUGAGUAUCUUAAUGUAUAAUGGCAAAAAAUCUGAAAAAGAUUUUAAUAUAUAUGUAUGUAUAUAUAUCUGAACUACUUUGUGGUAUACCUGAAACUAAUGCAACAUUGUAAGUCAACUAUACUUCAAUUUAAAAAAAAAGGGGGGGAGAGUGCUAUAACUUUUGAGACAAUUAGGAAACUCUAUCUUUGGUAACUAAUCUAUAACAAAUUGGUAAAGAAAGCUCUCUAAAGAUUCUCUCAGCUCUAAAUGGAAUGAUUCUGUGGCUUUAUGUGAGGCUUCCAGUUGGUGCUGGGGUUUUAGUCAUGUAGGAUAUAUACUCAGCAUAUCAGAAUUGUAUUCAAUAUUCUGAUACUGACCUUAAGAGACCUAAAAAGAGAAUUAUCAAAUAUGCAUCAUCUAAUUCAUGUCCCUUAUCCAGAAAUGGGUAACAUUUGCCCAAAAAUAAAACAAUUCUAGUUGGAAAACAAAUUGCUGAGGAAUGUGCCAUUUUUAUACAGGUACACUCAAAGCUUAAGACACCCUCAACACCAAACCUUUAAGUUACAGCUACUAAGCAAUGUUAGAUUAUUGUGGUCAUAUAGAAUAUUUAGAUUAGUCCAACCCAUCUAUUGAUAACAUAAUGAGUUGUGGAUCACCCUGCAGGCAAGGAGAUUGAAUGAGAAAGGAGAUAAAUUAAAAAGGAGACAAUGAAUUGAUUCAAAUAAUGAGUUUCUAAACUCUAUUCAAAAAAGGCCUAGGAACAGUUCAAGAUAAACAUCAGACUUACCAGAAGUCUUCUAACAAUGGAGCUUUUAGAGAAACAUCACAGGUGAUCAUUUUACCUCUAUCCCCAGAGUAGAGAUCCAGGGAUCAUGGAAAUGGUUUAAGCAUCAAGAAUGUUCAAAAACUGAGCCUGGUCAACAGAUAUGUACACUGGUGUGUAAAGGUAAUAAAAUGAUGUGAUAGCUAACGUGAACAAUAACUAGCCAGGCACUAUGCUGGGUACUUUACAUGCACCAUCUCAUUACACACCCUAAAAGGUGGGUGCAACUGUCACUCUGUUUUAUAAAUGAGGAACUGAGGCUCAAAUAAGUUAGGUAACUAGAUCGGGGAUACAGAGUUAAUUAAUGUCAGCCAUAGAUUAAAACUCAGGCAGUAUUAACUCUGGAUCCAGUACUCUUAACUGUUACCCAAAAUGAAAUACCUUAGACCUUGGAAUCCAAUGCAUGUCAAAAGUUUAUCUCAAAUACAUGUCUGCAGCAAAAGGAUAAUUAUAUAACACUAAAUAUUCUUUAAUAUCGUAUAAUAAAUUACUCAUUAAUUACUUUAAGGCAUUAAGAUGCUUAGAUGAGUCAUGAUUGUUGGCUUCAGUGCAUUUCUCUAAUUUCAUUAGAUUAUUAAGACUAUAAUAAGUUUUAUAACUAUUACUAUUAGAUAUUCUGAAUUUAAAGAUUUAAAAGGAGUUCUUGCUGGAAUGCAAUGGGUUAAUGGUCUGGCUCAUCUCUGUGGUGUUGUUGGUUCAAUCCUGGCACAGUGGAUUGAAGAUGUAACAUUGGUGCUAUGUGAUUUGCAUCCAUUCAAUCCCUGGCUGGGAACUUCCAUAUGCCACAGGCGCAGUCGAAAAAGGAAAAAAAAAAAGGCAUGAAGAGAGAUAUCACCCCCUUAUUUUGAUCAAUAUGACAUCAAAUUAAAAUUGUGACUACUGAAAUUUAUACUGAAACAAAAUAAUGACUAGACACUAGAAUGUAUGCUAUAAAAGUUAUAGCAAGAUAAAAACAGUCCGAAGGCAAGUUUUAUAAACCAAAACAACCCUAUAAGGUUUUACAUGACUGAAAAAGACCAAGGCAUAAGUAGAGAAAAACUCAAGAGGGACCUCUUUAUUACAUAUUUAUAAAAUAAUAGAAUAUAGUUAUUAAAAAUGGAGACAAUUUUAUUUUUGGUAUCUUGUGUUUUGCACUCAAUUUUUCAAUCAUCUUCACAAUUUUUCAAAACCUGAACCUCUACCCUACCAUUCAGAGCACAACAAUUAAAGAACAAACUGUCCCAUGGGUUCCAAGGAGAGACUUAAAUUAUCAAAGAAAUUAACCCAGUAACUCAUGAAUAAAGAUUUAAAAUUUUCAAAAAAAUACAAUAAAAACAAAGAUGUAUGAAGCAUGAUUUAAUCUUUCUGAUGAUUCAGAGGGCACCUCAAGAUCAUAUUGUGCCAUUUUCCUUAUGCUUGGUGUUUAAGUGCCUAUAACAGAAUUCUGGUUAGUGAAAUUUUGGACAAGAAAAUGUCAUAUUUUGCACACAUAGCACAAAUGACUACAAAUACAAUAUGGGGAUUUUGAUGUGUAUAUUUGUAUUAAGUAGGGCAUAACUUAUAAUAUGCUAAGAAACAAAAAAUUAAAAUUACAAAAUGGGUAUUUUUAGCACGUGUAGUAACAGCUAGUUGUUUUUAACUAUCAUUUCAUUUUUAGUGACCAAAUUAUAUCUGACCACAAUUAAAGAACAUAUAAAUUUAAAAUAUUAAAAAACCAUGCUUAAAACAACAGAACUGUUACAUUAAAUAAGGAAAUGAAAGUCACAUACAUGUACUGAAUGGCACUGAGGUUUUUCAAAGCCAUUCUUUUGAAAGGCUUUCAAUCCACCUUUAUAUAUAUCAAUUUAAAAAAUGUCUCUACUCAGUGUGUUUGCAGAAAGAGAUGAAAUCAGUGCUGAUCACACAAGUGCCUGACAACCAUUCAAUGCUGACUACUGAACAAGUAUUUUUAUUUGAUUAUCCUGACAUCCAUAAUUGAGCCAAAUCUAAGUAUUCAGACGUGGCUGACUCCAGCUAUUCAACUGCAGAGAAACAAUCAACUUAAAAAAAAACUGAAACAAGUAACAACUAGAAAGGGCUGAAUCACUGUACCUUUCAGACACAACCAUUAACCUUAGUUUUGCUAUCUGCUACUUGGUACUUUUUGAUUCAGUAGUUGGGGUAAAAAAAAGUUUCUGUAUUCAAACCUAUCUACAGAAUGUCAAUAUAAAAUGUGUGAAUAUAUACAUUUAAUAUACACACACACACAUACACACACAUUCCUAGAAACCAGCACUUAAACCACAUCCCCAAUUCUCACUAAUGACUCAGUGAAUCAUUUGUUACUUUAAGACCAGCUUAGACACUAUAAGGCUGCAACAUAUGGCUAAAGAGGUCAAACACAAGCACCCACACUCAGGUUGAUUAAAUUGUUCCUCCUCAUGAUUUUUCAUUAAGUAGUAAUACCAUUUAUAUAACAACUAUAUCUCAAUAACUUAGAAUUCAGAGUAUAAAACCAGUGUCACUAACAAAGAACUCCCUCACUGUUUAAAGAACACACUUCCUCCUUCCAUUCUAUUUCCACUAAUGAUGAGAGGGCAUACCAAACUAGAUCACGCUGAACUAUACAAAUGCUCUUUACUCUUAAUCUAAACAAACGUGUGUUAAAACAUUCUGAAAUGCUGCAUCCUUUGAUUUCUUCAUCUUCUCAAUUGCCCGAUGUAGGUCCUGUUGUUGUACAGGUCGAAUUUCAUCUUCAUCAUGGCUAAAAUGAAAAAAAAAAAAAA